AUGCUGUGUCGCUGUGUGGAGGCUGACCCGGACACCUGCGGUGACAAAGUGGAGAAGGGCGGGCUCUGUGCCCACGUCUUUUGCCUGUUUUUCGCCACUCUGCUUUUUCGCCAAGUGGAGCAUCGUGUUGGACUCAUGGGCUUUCUGCCUCGAGAUAUCCAAAUUGCAGUGUGGCGGGCGGCACAGAAGCGCUGCUGCGUCUGUGGCCAGAGCGGGGCAACCAUCAUGUGCUGCCAGGAGGACUGCGAGAGAUGGUUCCACCUGCCCUGUGCCAAGGAGGUCGGCUGUGUCAAUCAGUACAUUCCUCCAUACAGCUCCUACUGCCCCGAGCACUGUCCAGAGCAGGAGGUGCAGGCGACUCCAGAGCCGGGCACCGAUUGCCCCAUCUGCAUGGAGCCUGUGGAGGAUAGAAAGACCUUUGAAACCAUGGUGUGCCCAACGUGCAAAAGAGCCUGGUUCCACAGGGACUGCAUCCAGGUCGGUCCCUCCCCUCAGUCCUGGGGCACAGCAGGUGCUCAGCAGCACCGGGCCUGGCUCACACUGCAUGUGUUUGCCCUGCAGGGACAGGCCAUGCGCGCUGGUUUUGCGUGCCUCCACUGCCCCCUGUGCAGAGAUGAUGUGGGUUUCGUUGCCGAAAUGCUCAUCUUGGGGAUCAGAGUCCCCUUCAGAGAGCCAACAUGGGAGGACAACGAUGCCUUUGCUGAUCUCGGAGAGAGGCACAGCAUGUGCAAUGCCAGGGAAUGCCUUUACCCUGGAGGCAGGGAGGAGGCAGAACAAGAGGGGCCCUGGCAACUGCUCCUGUGCUCCUCCUGUGCUGCUGAGGGCACCCACAGGCGCUGCUCUGGCCUGAGAAACAAGAUAUACAGAUGGGACUGUGACAGCUGUGCUGGUCUCGGAACGUCCUCCAGGGAUGAGCCAGAGCUCAGUGGCCCCAGCCUGGCCAGACAGUCAGGACAGGAAUCUGCUCAUGGCUCCUCAGAAUCCCAGGACAUCAGGCCCAGCUCCGGCACGCCGGUGCCAUCGGGGCUGGCUCCUCCGUCUCCAUCUCCAGAGACCAGCAGCCAAAACAGCCAGCAACAGCCAGCAUCACAGCAGUCACUGCCAUCUUCCUCGCUGGACACCAGCAGCCCCAGCAGAUCAAGGCCAACAUACAGCAGCUCCCCGGACCCUGAGGACAGGCUCCAUUCCAGACGUGCUGGGCCUGACCGCAGGCGAAACAGCUCUGGCCCGCAAGCAAGGUCGGGCCCAGAGUCCACGUGUCCGGUCCAGGAGUCGGCGUGA